UGGUCAAUAAAUAACGGAGCCCUGCAACGCUUUUCUUCCCUUUCUCCCUCCUCUCCUCCUCCGCCUCUAGUUUCAAAACAACCCCGUCACUCUGUCGCCGUAACCAUGCUCACCACCCUCCCUCCCUCCGAACCCUUCGUGGGCAACCCAUUCUCCGCCUUUUCUGUAGACUUCACCGCCUGGGAGGACGACUCCCACCACCUCCUCUCCCCGAAACCCGUCACUUCCAGCUCCGGCUCCGACAAACCGGAGCCGGAGCCAGCUGAACCGGACCAACCCGUGGUCUCGGUGGUGGACGAGCGGAAACUUCGGCGCAUGAUAUCGAACCGCGAAUCUGCCCGCAGGUCUCGCAUGCGAAAACAGAGACACCUGGAGAACCUUCGGAACCAGUUGAACAAGUGCAGGGUCGAAAACCGGGAACUGAAUAACCGGUUGCAGUUCGUCCUGCACCACUGUAACCGCCUCCGAACCGAAAACGAAUGGCUCCGGUCCCAGCGAACCCUCCUCCUCCAAAAAGUCGCCAACUUAACCCAAAUUUUGAUUUUCCAACAAUUCCAACAACCCAUCUCCCCUGCAUGGACAUGCAACACUUCGCUCAUCCCAAUUAAUCAAGUUAAUUAAAUCAUAUAUAAUACGCUCUAUGUAAUUGUUAAAAGUUAGAUCAAGAUAAGAAGAUGUUAAAAGGGUGGGAUUUUUGGGAU